ACCUAAUCCAACCUAAAACUUAAAAAAAUUUCAAAAAAAAAAAAAAAAAAAUUAAAAUCCGGCCCGGACCGGGCCCGAACCGGCCGGGCCGGUUCACCAAAACCUGGGCCCGGGCCCGAACCGCCCAGCAGCCGGGCCGGGCCGAACCGAACCGGUGGACCCACCGGGCCCCGGGCCGGGCCGGGCCUAACAGUAACCGGGCCGGGCCGGUUCCGGGCCGGGCCGCCCGGCCCGAGUCCAGCACUAUUCUCGGGUACUCCUGGCUUAUCUCGGCCGACAGAUACUUCUCUGUUUCAAUCUCCGAUGGCCGCUGCCGCUCAAUCCAUCGCCCCGGCAAAUAAUGUAACUCAGAUUGUUACAAUCAAACUCAAGGCGGUAGAAGACUACAUCACAUGGCGUACUCAGAUUGAAUCUUUCCUAGUCUCUCAGGGGGUGUUUAACUUCGUGGAUGGUUCCACACAGGUACCUCCAAUGUACACGGUUGAUUUUAAUAAUCACCGAAUCAUUAAUACGGACUAUUAUCAUUGGCUACGGGUUGAUCAAACUAUUCGUUCUUGGAUUUUUGCUACCCUUACUCGUGAUGUAUUAAUUGAUGUACAUGAACUUAAACAUUCUUUUGAGAUUUGGGAAAGAUUGCAAAAUAGAUUUCGAUCUGCUAGUUUGGCUAGGUCUAUGACUCUUAAACGCCAGUUGUCUAAUACCAAAAAGAAGGAAAAUCACUCUAUGGAAAGUUACUUAAGGGAAAUUCAUGUCCUAGUUGGUGAACUGGCUGCAAUAAAUUCCCCUAUGUCUCAUAAGGAAGUGCUUCAGACCACUCUUAUGGGGCUCGGGCCUGAGUAUGAAUCCACUAUGGGCACUAUUUCCCUUUUUCCUGACAAUUUUCCGCCAGAUAUUCUUCACCGGAGUCUGUUAGAAGCUGAACAGAGGGUUCUUUAUCUUCGUCAACAAACCGCUCCCCCUGCAUACCAAGCCUUUGGAGUUCAAGAACGAGGUGCAGCACAACGAGGUGGCCGCGGUGGCCGCGGCAGAGGUGGCCGCGGCAGAACAGGUCGCGGCAGGGGCCGCGGGCCUAACCAAUCUGGCCAGCAACCCUACGGCCAUGAUCAGCCACAUCUGGGACGUGGGCAGCAGGUGUUCGGCCAGGAACAUCAGCAACAACAUGGCUUCGGUCCACAGCCUGGAGCACAGCAACACCUGAGAUCUCCGAAUGCAGAUGGCUCUCCAUCUACUGAGGGAAUUCUUGGGGCAAUUCCUCCACCCGUUGUGUGUCAAAUUUGUUUCUCUGCAAUCCGCUGUCCGUCUCGUUUUUCUCCACCCACUGCACCUGUUCUUCUCACCGGUCAAGCUAAUGAAGCUCUGUGGUAUCCAGAUACUGGUGCCUCUGCUCAUAUGACUUCCUCUGAAGGACAAAAUUUCGGGGGCGGUUCUUCUUCGGGCAACAACUAAUGGCCAUCUCUAUCCUCUCAGCCUGAGUCCACCAUCUAGUUUAGCCUUAUCUUCAGUUCUGACCACUGGCCCUGUGUGGCAUCGUAGAUUAGGUCAUUGUGGUGAAAAUAUUUUACGUAUUUUAAGUGGUCAAAAACGCAUAUGUAAUAGUUCUAGUUUUUCUCAUGAUUGUAUUUCUUGCCGGUUAGGCAAAUCCCAACGAUUACCUUUUUCAGAUGCUAUUCAUACCUCUUCCUAUCCAUUGCAAUUAAUUCAUUCUGAUGUGUGGCAGUCUCCUGUUCUCUCAAAUUUGGGAUUUAAAUACUAUGUCUGCUUUAUUGAUGAUUUUUCUCGUUUUACGUGGAUUUAUCCAUUGCGCACAAAAAAUGAAGUUUUGGACUCCUUUAAAAAUUUUAAAUCUUUAGUUGAAAAUCUUUUUGACUCUAGAAUUAAAAUUUUUCAAAGUGAUGGAGGGGGUGAAUUUGUUAAUUCUAAUAUGCAUCAUUUUUUUGAUACUCAUGGAAUUUAUUUUCAAAAAUCAUGCCCUUACACUCCUCAACAAAAUGGGCUUGCUGAGCGUAAACAUCGACAUCUACUUGAACUUACUAGGACCAUGCUUAUUGAAGCAUCUCUUCCUAGUACUUUUUGGGUCGAUGCGUUGUUCACAACUGUAUAUAUUAUUAACCGAUUACCCACUCCAACACUGUCUGGUCUCUCC